AUGGCCUAUAGAAAUAGCCAGAGAAGCGAAGCAUCGCAAAUUGAGCCUGCACCAAACAGAAACGGGCAGAAUAUUGUAAUAUGUGGGUAUCAAGCACAGAUAGGGGGAUGUUGGAGAAAUGUUAGCAUUUUAUGGAACAAGAACCUGAUGAGCAAUUCUCUGAAUAUUUGUGUUGAUAGUGUGGAAAGUAAGCGUCACCAAGCGUGCAAAAUUGACAUUAAGCCUUGGCAUUUUUGGGCCAGAAGAGGCUACAAGAGCUUCGUAGUUGAUGAAAUUCAACUAGAGGCCUACUGGGAUCUAAGGUCUGCAAAAUUCACAGCAAGUCCUGAGCCAUGUUCAGAUUAUUAUGUUGCUCUAGUUUCUGAUGAAGAGGUGGUGUUACUGCUGGGGGAUUAUGGUGACAAAGCUUACAAGAGAAUAAAAGCAAGACCUGCCCUGAUCGAUGCAAUUCUGGUUUACAAGAAGGAACAUGUGUAUGGGAAGAAAAGCUUUUUAACUCGAGCAAAAUUGGACCACAAGAACAGAGAGCAUGAUAUUAUUGUGGAGAGUUCAACUUCCGGACCUAGAAAUCCAGAAAUGUGGAUUAGUAUAGAUGGGAUUGUGCAUGUCAAUGUUAAGAAUUUGCAGUGGAAAUUCAGGGGAAAUGAGACGGUCUUGAUCAAUCAGCAGCCGAUUCAAGUUUACUGGGACGUGCAUGCCUGGUUAUUUUGUGACCCUGGAUCUCAUUAUGGAUUCUUCAUAUUUAAGCCCGAGACAGUCGAUCAAAAUUAUGACGAUGAUAAAUGUAGUGCCCACAGUAUCGGAAAUGGGAGUGAUUGCAGUGCUGAUAGCAAGUAUUACUCUACUCUGGGCUACUCCAGAGCCCCACACUAUUGCUUUCUUCUUUAUGCAUGGAAAAUUGAAUAA